AUGUUAUUUAUAAACCUGACCGUCUCCAUCACGCCGUCGUCUCCAUCACGCCGUCAUCUCUAUCAUACUGUCGUCUCCAUCACGCCGUCGUCUCCAUCAUGCUGUCGUGUUCAUCACGCCGUCGUCUCCAUCACGCCGUCGUCUCCAUCACGCCGUCGUCUCCAUCACGCCGUCAUCUCUAUCAUACUGUCGUCUCCAUCACGCUGUCGUGUUCAUCACGCCGUCGUCUCCAUCAUGCUGUCGUGUUCAUCACGCCGUCGUCUCCAUCACGCCGUCGUCUCCAUCACGCCGUCAUCUCUAUCAUACUGUCGUCUCCAUCAUACUGUCGUCUCCAUCAUACUGUCGUCUCCAUCACGCCGUCGUGUUCAUCACGCCGUCGUCUCCAUCACGCCGUCGUCUCCAUCACGCCGUCGUGUCCAUCACGCCGUCGUGUCCAUCACGCCGUCGUCUCCAUCACGCCGUCGUCUCCAUCACGCCGUCGUGUUCAUCACGCCGUCAUCUCCAUCACGCUGUCGUCUCCAUCAUGCUGUCGUCUCCAUCACAGUGGCCUUUACACCGGACACUAACACCACGCAGCAGAUACAUGAGUGA